UCCGGGCACGCGCGCCGGCGACCAUGGCGUUUGCCCGGCUGGAGCGAGUACAUUAACCCCGGGAGGCGGCGGCGGCGGAGGGAGCGAGCGAGCCUCGAGCGGGCGGGCCCCAGCCUGAGGGAAGGGAGGAAGGGGCGGGGAGAGCGCCAGAGGGAGGCCGGUCGGCCACGGGCGGGCGGGCAGCGCAGCGCCGAGCAGGGCCCGCGGGCCCAUGAGGAGGCCCGGGGACCAUGGGCUCCAGGAUCAAGCAAAACCCAGAGACCACGUUUGAAGUUUAUGUGGAAGUAGCCUAUCCUAGGACAGGUGGCACUCUUUCAGAUCCUGAGGUGCAGAGGCAAUUCCCGGAGGACUACAGUGACCAGGAAGUUCUACAGACUUUGACCAAGUUUUGUUUCCCCUUCUAUGUGGACAGCCUCACAGUUAGCCAAGUUGGCCAGAACUUCACGUUCGUGCUCACUGACAUUGACAGCAAGCAGAGAUUUGGGUUCUGCCGCUUAUCUUCAGGAGCCAAGAGCUGCUUCUGUAUCUUAAGCUAUCUCCCAUGGUUCGAGGUAUUUUAUAAGCUACUUAACAUCUUGGCAGAGUACACAACAAAAAGACAGGAGAGUCAGUGGAAUGAACUUCUUGAAACUCUGCACAGACUUCCCAUCCCUGACCCAGGCGUGUCUGUUCAUCUCAGCGUGCAUUCUUACUUUACUGUGCCUGAUACCAGAGAACUUCCCAGCAUACCUGAGAAUAGAAAUCUGACAGAAUACUUUGUGGCUGUGGAUGUAAACAACAUGUUACAUUUGUAUGCCAGUAUGCUGUAUGAGCGUCGGAUCCUCAUCGUCUGCAGCAAACUCAGCACUUUGACUGCCUGCAUCCACGGCUCGGCCGCAAUGCUCUACCCCAUGUACUGGCAGCAUGUGUACAUCCCUGUGCUGCCCCCACAUCUGCUGGACUACUGCUGUGCUCCCAUGCCCUACCUCAUAGGAAUCCAUUUAAGUUUAAUGGAGAAAGUCCGAAACAUGGCCCUGGAUGAUGUUGUGAUUCUGAACGUGGACACCAACACCCUGGAAACUCCCUUUGAUGACCUCCAAAGCCUCCCAAAUGAUGUGAUCUCUUCACUGAAGAACAGACUGAAAAAAGUCUCCACAACCACUGGUGAUGGCGUGGCCAGAGCUUUCCUCAAGGCCCAAGCUGCUUUCUUUGGUAGCUACCGAAAUGCUCUAAAAAUUGAACCGGAGGAACCCAUCACCUUCUGCGAGGAAGCCUUCGUGUCCCACUAUCGCUCCGGAGCCAUGAGGCAGUUCCUACAGAACGCCACACAGCUGCAGCUCUUCAAGCAGUUUAUUGAUGGGCGAUUAGACCUUCUCAAUUCUGGUGAAGGUUUCAGCGAUGUUUUUGAAGAGGAGAUCAACAUGGGGGAAUAUGCUGGCAGUGAUAAACUGUACCAUCAGUGGCUCUCCACGGUCCGGAAAGGAAGCGGAGCAAUUCUGAAUACUGUAAAAACAAAAGCCAAUCCGGCCAUGAAGACUGUCUACAAGUUCGCAAAAGAUCAUGCAAAAAUGGGAAUAAAAGAGGUGAAAAACCGCUUGAAGCAAAAGGACUUCGCGGAGAACGGCUGUGCCCCCACUGCAGAGGAGCCGCUGCCAAAGACUGCCCCGUCACCCCUGGUGGAGGCCAAGGACCCCAAGUUCCGAGAGGACCGGAGACCAAUCACAGUCCACUUUGGGCAGCCACAAAGACUCCAUCCCACUCGACCGCCGCCUCCCAAGAUACAUCGCGCAAGGCCCGUCCGCCCACCCCGUCCUCAUGUUGUCAAGAGACCGAAGAGCAACAUCUCCGUGGAAGGCCGAAGGACAUCCAUCUCGAGCCCUGAACACCUGGUAAAGCCCCUGCGACACUAUGCGGUCUUCCUCUCCGAAGAGUCCUCUGAUGAUGAAUGCCAGCGGGAAGAGGCCCCGAGCACUGGCUUCACCGAAAGCUUUUUCUUCUCUGCUCCCUUUGAAUGGCCACAGCCAUAUCGGACGCUCAAGGAAUCAGACAGCGCAGAAGGCGAUGAGGCAGAGAGCCCCAGGCAGCUGCAGCGGGAACCCAGGGCCCCUGUCCUCGCCCCGCCUGACCGGGCUGCCAGCAUUGACCUCCUGGAAGACGUCUUCAGCAGCCUGGACAUGGAGGCCCCGGUGCAGCUGGGCCAGGCCAAGAGCCUAGAGGACCUUCGGGCCCCCAAAGACAUGCGAGAGCAGCCGGGGACCUUUGACUAUCAGCGGCUGGACCUGGGCAGGAGUGAGAGGAGCCUUGGGAUGAUGAUGGCCUUGAAGCUUGCCCACCCAUACAACAAGCUCUGGAGCCUGGGCCAGGACGACAUGGCCAUCCCCAGCAAGCCCCCCAGCACCUCCCCUGAGCAGCCCUCGGCCCUGCUUGGAAGCUCCCCGAGCCUGCCUUGCAGGCCUCCGGCCCGGGACGGCAUCCUGACUCCCAGCCACAAAGAGGAGGCUCCCACGCCCACUCCAGGCAGCAUCACCAUCCCCCGACCACAGGGCCGGAAGACACCAGAGUUGGGCAUCGUACCUCCACCACCCGCCGCCCGCCCAGCCAAGCUCCCAGCUGCCAGCAGAAUACUCGGGGACUUCUCAGCAGAUCAGGAGAGGCAAGCUGCUCUGAGCCCAGCCCUGUUCCCGGGGCUCCUCCCCAGGGUGGCACCCCAUGGUCCCACAGAACUGCUGCAACCACUCAGCCCAGCUCCAGCAGCUCCAGACACAGGCAGUGAUGCCCUGCUUGCCCUCCUGGACCCACUACACACAGCCUGGUCAGGUGACAUCGUCCCGCCACACCCCACCACCCCAAAUGUGGCCACCCCCUUCACCCCCCAGUUCAGCUUUCCACCUUCAGGGAUGCCCACCCCCUUCCCUCAGCCACCACUCAACCCUUUUGUCCCAUCUGUGCCAGUAGCACCCCCUGCCUUGCACCUGGGUUCCACACCAACUGGACCCUUUGGGGCCCCCCCAGCUUCCUUGGGGCCAUUUGCGCCCAGCCUCCUCCUGUCCAGUUCUGGCUUCUGCACACCUCACAGAUCUCAGACCAACCUGUCUGCCCUCUCCAUGCCCAACCUCUUCGGUCAGGUGCCCAUGGGCACCCACACCAGCCCCAUGCAGCCUCUGGGCCCCCCUUCUGUUGCCCCAUCGAGGAUCCGAACAUUGCCCCUACCCCGUUCAAGUGCCAGGGCAGCUGAGGCCAAGCAGGUGCUGGCCCUGAGGCCUGGGGAUCCCCCACUCCUGCCUCCCAGACCCCCCCGGGGCCUGGAGCCAGCAUUGCAGCCCUCUGCUCCUCCGCAGGCCAGUGAUCCCUUUGAGGAUUUGUUACAGAAAACCAAGCAGGACGUGAGGCCGGCCCCGGCACCCAGCUCAGUGGAGCAGCUCCGGAGGCAGUGGGAGACCUUUGAGUGAGUGGGCUGAGGGCACAGAGUCAUGGAGGCCCUCCACCCUGCACCUACCAGGGGGUGCCGGUGGGGAGGGAUGGGGCCUGCUCCCUACCCUUCUUCCACACGGCCCUGCUGCCCUGGGGGAUAGUGCCAGUGCCCACCCCCUCCUCAGCACCUGCUUGGGUUUUGCACUAGAGUCAGCUGGGCCAGCGACUGCCCCAGACCUCAUCCUGCCACCCCCUUCCUGCACCCCACUCCACAAGGAAUCCUGCUCUCUCUCUCCUGUCCAUCCUGCAGCCAACUUGGGGUUGCGACGCACAUAAGCCCCAGAGUGAGCCAUGUGCAGGAGACACAGGUGGCUCAGGGGUGGUGUGAGGGCCCUUCCCAGGCUGCAGGGCUCCCCAGAGGAGCAGCUCCAAACCCACUCUAGCAAUAUACUCUUUUCAUGGGUCUCCACCCCAGCCCACAGGUUCCAGUUGUUUCUGGGGGCCACAUUGUUCCUCCAGGGCCUUGUGGUGGCCAAACCCAGCCCCAGACAUUCCCAUGUGGGGCCAGGGAGCACCAGCAACUCUGAUUUGUAAAAGGAAAAAGAUCCCCACAGCCUGAGUGUCACAUUGGGACCUCAAGGCUGUCCCACUCUUCUGUCACUGUCAAAGAUGGGGCUCAGCUUCCUGCCCUCUGGGACUUCACAGGCAGAGCUGAGUAGCAGCCACCCAGCUGCCAACUCCAAGGCCAGAGACGACAGAGGUGCCACCACAACCUGAGUACCCUGGGCAGGACCAGGAAGCCCUGGACCCUCGCAGCCUCUGUGGAGGGGACUUGGGGACACCUAAGAGUCAGCCCCUCCACAUCCACCCUGAGCUGCUCAGCAGGCUGCUCGCCAGCACAGAGAUUCCUGAGGCCAACAUCACCAAAGUUAAAUUGGAAUGUAUUGUUAUUGUUUCUUUUAUCUUUCUUUUCCUUUGUACCUUAUUGAUUUGAUGAAUCUUGAAAACUCUUUUCAAUAAACCAAGUUUGAAAACAGCCCAACCAUUUAAGAAAACAACCAUCUGAGGCACGCAGGAAAUUGUGAGCAUUUUGACCUCAUUUCUCAUUUCCUAUUCGUGAACCGUCAGACAAGUCUUCCUGGGGGGCAGGGUGUCUGGUGACGAAGGAGUCUUUGGAGGUCCCCAACACACCAGAGAGCCCCCUGUGUCUGAGAGGCUGGGAGGACACCACCACUGCUCAGGAGUUGCUGAGGCCUGGGCCACCUGGCAAGCAGCCCUUUCCAGGUCAGCUGUUACCCAGGACAAGUCCACCCCGUGUCAGGAGUGCUCUCUGACGGCCGGGGAGCCCCGUCUCACAUGGGCUGUGUGGGCCCCCUCCGGGACUCAGGCACUGCAGCACAGGUUCCAGUUCCACACCCGUCCUUGGCAGGCCUUGGGCCCAAUGGGGACAUGGCAGCCCCCGCAGCCUGGAGGAGAUGAGGUGCCAGGUGGCCCAGGUAAGCAGGCACACCUCAUUGUCCAUGGCUGUGCUGGCAGCCGGUGGCCAGCACUCCAGGUUCAUGCGAACACCGCAGUCUUCACUCACCAGAUGGAAUUCGCAAACCCAAGGAUCUGUGUGUCCACUCAAUAAAGCCUUCUUGGGGAAAAGGCUGACAUCCUUGUGUCCUUAAAGGAAGCUGUGGGCAGGAGAGGCCCCAGUGGCCCCAGACUCCUUUACCAUCCCUCCAGUGGAGUGGAGGCAGGCAAGGGGCAGGAAGGGAAAGAUUCCCACCAGUCCAUCCCCUCGGAGCUCAGGGCCAGGCACUGCUGCCUCAUAGGCAGGACAUGGGUGUGCUGGAUGUCCUGAGGCCUGGGCCACCUGGCACACAGCCCGUCGCAGGUCAGUUCCACACAGUCCUGCUGGAACCACAGAGCAGGGUUGUAGGCCGCCAACAGUGUCCAGGGCACCCAAGGUACCAGGAAAAAACAAAUGCAGGGCUCAUCCGCAAGGGCAGAGCCUCCGAUCAGACUGUAGCCUUAUCGGGCACUUGUUUGAAGGGAGCAGCCAGACCAGUCACCCACAGUGACCAUCAUCACAGAGUUAAAGCAAAUCAUGCUGAAGUGUCAACUGCAAUGUCCCCUUUUAGGAGCCUGAAGUUGGCACUGGUUGCCAAAUCUCUGACUUCAUAACCCAGCCAGAGAGCCCUCCUGCUCUGCGCCCUCUCAGGAGCAUGGAGAGAAAAGAAAGGCAGGCGGGAUAAGCUCGGGGGGGGGGGGGCCAGUGCGGCGCCUCUGGCAGUGCCCCAGGGGAAAUCAACCAACUUAGAAGUGUAAGAGUCUCCUGGUCUUGGCCUUGGAGCUCACAUCAUAGGAGGUGCCAGCCUGAGAGGUAAGGACACUGGGGGCCCUCUCCGGCUCAUUGGGAUUCUGUGAAGCCAAGGGAGGCAGGUGCCCUCGCAUCUGAGGUCACACUGUGAUGAAGGGAUGCGGCACCAUCCUCCUCCACUCCACCCCUGGAGGACUGGCUCUGACACCAGUGCCUGCGGAGCACAGGUGCUUGGCAGGUGGCUCCAAGGGCUUCUUCCAGCACCUCCCUGUGCCAGCCCACAACCACAUACAGGGCCAGCCUGGGGGACAAAUAGCCACUAGAGAACCGGAGUGCUCAGGUGAGCUGUGAGGACAAGUCCCCUUCAUCCUGCCGGGCCCCGGGUAGGAGCCUUCCCACCUCUAACCAAGGGAAAUGACACUUCAGACACCAAGGACACCUCUGCCAUCCUUCACAUUAGAGGAGCUGAACAACGUCAUGUCUCCUUUCCUGGCUGGCAGCCCCUCUGAUCCUCACAACAGCCCUGAGAGGCAGGCAGGAGGGAUCAUCUGCCAAUACCCCUAGCCAGGCAGGAAAUUCAGGGCAGCGUCCUCUGCUCCUGCGGCCUGCCCAGCAGACACAGCAUCGGUGGGCGGCUCUGGGAUUCCCAUCGGUGUGACUGGCUCUGGCACUGGCAGGACAGAUCCGCCUGAAGGCACUUUUGUUCUGGGAGCCAGGAACCCAUUGAAUGCCCUCCCUCCAUUUUCCCAGCAGUCUCUGGGGCAGACUGCCUCUGCAGUGGGGAGACAUGUCAGAACCAAAGCCGUGGUGCCAGGCCAAGCCCUGGCUGAACCUCCUGGAGAACUUGCAGCCUUGAGCUGCCCCUGCCCCAAGAUGCACAGGUGCCCCCUGCUCUCAGAGCAGCCACGUCCCCCACAGGGUCACCUGCCCUCACUACACAGUCACACACACAUGGCAGCAGAGGCAGACACACCACAAGACACACUACAACACCCACAGCGGACUUAGGCAUCCGCCCAUAUUCAGGCACACACGCUCCUGACCAUGCCACCUGCACCUGUGUGCCCCCACACACAGCUGUACACCUUCCAGGGUGGCCUGGAGGGCCAAGUGGAGAGGUGCACCACCUCGAGGCGCCCUCUGCUUUCCUGAGCUGUUCCCCUUUCCUCAGUGCCUGAUGGGGCAUCCGCAAAGGCUGCCAGCCACAAGGACGUUCCAGCAGGUGUCCUGGGUCCUGGGAGCGGCUUUUUUGGGUCUCCAGUUGGAAAUCCU